AUUCCUUACACACACAUAUUUAUAUACAUGUACACUUGCUUGGUGUUUCCGGUUUAACACCAAGAUCGCCAUAUUUUGUUCUGUAAAAGACAAUGGCCACACAUCGGUCAAUCCAGGGAGGCCAGAUCCCAGUACGACCUAAGCGUAGUGAAAAGUGUGUGAGUCACUGGCAGAACAAUGUCAUCUUUGCCUGUAUCGACUGUCAAAUCCUUAUUUGUGCUACCUGUAGCAUUGGACUACAUAAACCACAUGAGCUGGUGGAAAUUUCCAGCCUUACAAGCCAAAACAAAACUUCACUGCAAGAUUUUAUCAAUGACAAUGAAGACAACAAGCUUCCUCGACUUCAGCAGGACAUACUAUCAGCUAGACAACUACUGUCACCAAACAGUACCAAGUGUAAAGGGCUGGCUAAAAUAAUCAAAAGUCAAGUGGAAAAAUGUAAGGAAGAAAUGGAGAUCUUGGCUGAUGAAUUUCUGUCAUUAUGUGACAAAAUGGAAUCAGAUAACGAGGAGCUAAUUCAGCAAUACAUAACAGGACUUGAAGAGAGGUAUGAUCUGUUGACAGAGAAGACAAAAGAAUGUAAGGAAACCCUUCAGUCUGGAGAUAAUAUUGAAAUGUACGUUGUGGUUGCUGAGGUCAACAAUUUAUAUUAUACAAAGCUCAAUAUGCCCUCACUCAUGUCAGCUCAGUUUAGCCCCGGUCAAGACUUAAGUGACAAAUUAAAGAAAGCAAUAGGCACACUGGAUAUAUCUGCUGACCAGCAAGAGGCAUCAAUGUCCAGUGAUCAUGAAAGUAGUCGAGCAAGCAGAAGUGGUCAAGCCAGCGGAUUUGGUCAAGCCAGUGGAUUUGGUCAAUACAGUGGAAGUGAUCAAGCCAGUGGAUAUGGUCAAGGCAAUGUAAUUGGUCAAGCCAGUGGAUAUGGUCCAUACAGUGGAUAUGGUCAAUACAGAGGAUAUGAUCCAUACAGUGGAUAUGGUCCAUACAGUGGAUAUGGUCAAUGCAUUGGAUAUGGUCCAUACAGUGGAUAUGGUCCAUACAGUGGAAGUGGUAUAGGCAGAUUUCAUCAAGCCAGAGGAGGUGGUCAAGGCAAUGGAAGUGAUCUGUUUCACACAUAUGACAGCGAGAAUACUACUGAUCAUGAGGUAGACAUCGAUCUAAGAUCCCUCUUCAACAGUGACGAUGAGGAUUAGAGAUCGAUAAGUGAUCACUAAUGGACCUCCGCUAUAUCUUUAGUGCUUUGCUAUAUAUUUGAACUUUAGUGCUUCUUUCUGGGUUUAUAAGUCUACUGUAUGUGUAAAUCUUAAGAACCUGUACUGUAACUGUUUAUUUUUACAUUUAUGACCAAAAAUAGCUUUGAUUUUCCAUUACUAUCGUUAACUUGUAUGCCUUCGUUAGUGCUAAAUUUCCAUUUAUCGGUAACGUUGUCGUGUGUGUGUAAACAUGUGUGUGUGUGAUUAUGCUGCAACAUUUGUUAUGUAAGUUAUUGUGUAAGCGUACUGUAAGUAAAUCAUGAAAUUCAAACACAUUAUAAUAUUCAAAACUU